AUGAAAACAGUGUAUCCGACGGCGAGGGCGAUGUUUGCUUUGCGUGCCGAUUCGACUCCAGAGCCUGGCCAACGCCGGGCGCGGGGUGGAAACCGUCAAGCUGGUCGCUCCUCGCGCGACGGCCCGGUGAUCAAGAAGGAAGAUGACGACGACGGCGUUGACGCCGAUGACGAAGCAACGGUUGAUGGCAACGCCACUGUUAAUGAUGACGAGACCAUCGACGAGAAUGCCACCGAGGUCGAAGACGAAAGCGACGACGAAGAAGAGUAUGAGACUCCGGGAACUCCAACGCGCGGCCCACGCGGCCCAUCAAACACCGCGGGCAACCCAGUGACCCCGACUCAGGGGUCUCCUUCUCCCGAGCCGGAGUCGCCGGUCUUGAAACCCGCCUUGCCGGUCCGACGACGGCUGUUUCCGCCUAGCGCCAACCGGGGCAAUUCCGGUCCGCCGCUGCCACCUGGCCGCCGGUCCGUCAGCGAAGGACUCAACAACCCCUUUUCGCUUCAUGGUUCACCUGUAUCCCAGGGGUCUUGGUGGCGCCAACGCCACACACAAGGGCUUGGCAACCUCGCCGCGAUUCAAGAACAUCCGGAGCGGGAGACCGGAAGCUUUGUCCGGUACCCCAACCCGGUGCUAAAGAGUCCUCUGCUGCACAACAGCAAAACCGCCAAGCUAAAAGGCGGCGAUAAAGAGAGCCCCGCUGCCAUCCCCAAGGCUGACGAAGCUGACAAGACUCCAGCUGGCUAUAUAAGGGCGCCCCAGAAACCUGAGGGCAAGCACAUGGAGUUCCUCCGGCUCAACAAGGACAUUCUUGCCGGAAAAACCUCCGGCCCUCUCCAGAUCCCAGGGAAGAAGGAACCCGUCCUCCCCGCUACAACAGCCCCGCCAACCAAGCCUAGUCUGGCUGACCCAUCCCACGGCUACAACCCGCGAGCCACCUUUGACAAGCAGGCCAAGGGUGGACUGAGGCAGCCACACGGGCAUCUCGCAACAUCGACUUCGGCGCCGGUGUACCAGCCUUACCAGCCCAAUCUUGCUUUCGGCCACUCCACCAACCACAACCCCGUUACCGGCCCAAGCACCUUUGGAUUUCCGCUUUUCAGCGACACUUCUUCGUUCCCAUCUGCCAACCCAGCUCGCAUUUCUUACUCCACCACCGACAACAUGGCUUCGCUCCCGGGUUCAAACACGUACCCGAGCAGUGAGCAGUCCGUUUCCGACUGGUCACCCGAAGCAAAACGGCAAGAGCAGGAGCAGAAACUACCGCAGCACCAACAACAGCCACUCGUUUCUGACCCUGCUCCCACUGCGUCCUCUUUCCCGCAGGGCCCGAUUUCUGAUUCGAUGAUCGACCCCUCUUUGUUUUCCGAAGCCACGCACCAGCCCCAGAAGUCAGGGCAACAAGGACAGCCACAGCAACAAGCGGAUCCGCAGCAGCAGCAGUCUGUUUUCCACGCCCCUUCUGGCUUGCCAGGUUCGGCAAAUUUGAACGUGGGUGCUGGUUUCAACAUUUCGAAUCUUGUCCACAACCACAAUUUUCUUCCCGUCAUCCCCAACAUCGCCAACUCCGGGGCCUCCGGGAUUAACGACGACGUCGCACGCCAGGCUCUUGAGAACGCGCAGUCGGUUGAGUAUCAGCUUCUCGGUCUCAAGAUUAUGUCAGUUGCCCAAGGCAACAGCUCUGGUUUUGCCGAGAGCUCUGCCACGCAUACCAGCAUGGACAACGCAAGCAGGCGCCCUCAGAUUGGCGACCAGAACAAUAACCACAUGAACUACGAGUCCGACCAGAUGGAGGAACUUGACAGCGAGCCCGAGUAUCCGGCCAUGUCCUCCCUCAGUCAGAACAUCAACCCAUCGAUCCAGAAUGCUGAAGGUGCCGAGAACAAUCACAAUAUUAACAACACCGGCAUGACCCUGAUCGAGAACGAUGAUGCUGACGAGGAGCAAGCCAACAAUGCCGACCCCGAAAGCGACUCGGGCUCCGACUCCGACUCGGACCCCAUCCCGCACAUGCCCGACGUCGCAACCGCAGAGAUGCACAACCCGCUUUUCAACGCGGCAGCCGACUACUGGCUCGACACCCCGGAGCACUGGGCCCGCGGCGCCAACGGCCUCGGCCUCGGCCCCAACCACGCCCUCCCCAGGCCGACCCAAAUCAACCCCUUCAGCGUCACAGCCCCGCCUCUGCCCAGGUUCGAGACCGACCCGUACAUGCCUUUUGCGCCGUGGCGUGUCAGGCAGUUGCCCCCCUUCCACGACGAGCCGACCAACCGCGUGUUGACCAUCCGUGCGCGGUAUCUCGCUCCGCUGGGCCAGCUGUACCCGGAUGCCGAGUUUAUUGUCUCCCGCCACCCAGCCUCGAAGAACUUUACCGCUCGCAUCAAGGGCCGGGUUUUGACGGAUAGUAUGGCAGUUCAUUUCCCUGGUCUGGUCCGCGCUAGUCCCCACGUUGGCGGUUACGCUUCCAUUUUGGGAGCUGACAACGAUGACGAGGACAACGAGGAAAACGACCAGCUGUACCUCGUCGCUCUGGCCCAGCGCGACUGGCCGAUCGGUGGCGUGGCCUACCUCCCGCACGAGCGCCGCGCCAAAGAGUUCAUCGAGAUUGUCGAGCAGACGUUUGAUGUCCUGCCCCAUGGUCAGGAGGUGUUUUACUUCCUGCCCCAUCGCACCGUUCUUGCCGGCGGAGAUGACGACUCCGACGAGGAUGGCCGCAACAGCAAGACCAAGUCUUCAACCAUCACCACCUCCAUCGGCCGUAGCCGCAGCAGCCGUCGCAACAAGCGCGCCAAGAAAAACAACACCAACAAAAAGAACACCAAGGCCCACAUCCCCGACAACACCAACCUAGCCAAAGGCAUCUGGGUCUGCCGCGCCUACGAAGGACGCCAAGGUCCCCAGCAUCCGCAGAUUAUCACCGACUGGCUGCAGAUUCAGGGCGGGGUGGUGGAGCAGGAUGCUCCUGGCCGUAAGAUGCUGGUGCAUAUGGGUGAGGCCGAGCUGGAGCAGGCGACUUGGUCCCAUGGGAAGAGGAGGGUUUUGGCUCCUGUUGUGCCGGUUGCUGCUGCUCCGGCUGCGGCUGCUGGAAGGGGUAAGGGGAAGUGGAAGGGGAAGGGGAAGGCUAAGAGGGGUUAA